CGAGAAGCAGCAGCAGCAAAAGCGGACGGCUUACCACCUCCGUUCAACUCUCUUCCUUCUCUUCCCCUCUUUAUUUUUUUUAAACUUCUCUCUCGCUCACAUCUUUCACUCUUGCCCCCUCCCCCCCACACACACUUUCCACCUCUUCCUCGCUCUUAUUCUUCUUCUUUCACUCUCAUCGCCCACUCCACCGUCGAGUAACGGGGCAACUAGAAAUAAAUUUGGCUUCAAAUAAGAGCACGGUAGAGGAGGAAAUUUUAAACUGCAAGAGGGAAAAAAAUCGUUGAGUAAAUUGUUUAUUUUAUUGUAAACAUAGAGGAUUAACAUUUUAAAAAAUCGUUAAAAAUCUUACUAAAGCAACGAACAGCAAAGCAAACUAGAAUAAUAAUUUAUAAAUACUGUAUUAACAGUACAGUACCUUAAGCCUAGUUUCAAAACGGGUUGCGGCCACCAUUAGCUGCGCAACAAUUCUAGCCAGAAUAAAUAUCAUCGUCAUCAAACGCUGCUGCCUUCCCACAACCAGCCACGACCACCACAAUCCCCGUCUUCCCCCCACCACCCCACCCACUGCUGGUCCAGUGCUUCUGAGUCGAGAGCGGGGCAGAGAAAUCAGCUGCAGUCGACCAAGUCAAAAGAGACAAGAAGAAUAAGCAGCACAAUGGGUCUCAGGGAGCGCAAAUCACCCUCGGAGACGGCUCUCGAAUGCCAACAGGCGGUGGACAAGAGCGGACCGGAGUAUGUGGACAUCCUGGAGAUUCCAGACCAGGAGGUCAACAAGAAGACAUCUGCCAGCGAGACCAGCAGCAGCAACGGCGGUCCUCCUCCCUCCAUCACCAGCAACGGCGCCGAUUCCUCCGUCUCCAAGGCGACGGAGGACGAUGACCUGAACAGCAGCAGCAGCGUCUCCUCUGAAUCGGCUCCACGCCGAGUCGUGUGGAGGAACGUGAUUCUCAUGAGCCUCCUGCACCUGGGAGCUCUCUACGGACUGCUGCUGCUGCCCGUAGCUCACCCAAUCACCUGGGCCUGGACGUGGUUCUGCUUCACGGUGAGCGCACUGGGCAUCACUGCGGGCGCGCACCGCCUCUGGAGCCACCGCUCCUACAAGGCCUCCUUGCCGCUGCGGGCUCUGCUCGCCGUCGCCAACUCCAUGGCCUUCCAGAACGACAUCUUCGAGUGGUCACGUGACCACCGCGUGCACCACAAGUUCUCGGAGACCCACGCCGACCCGCACAACGCCAAGCGCGGCUUCUUCUUUUCCCACGUGGGCUGGCUCCUCCUGCGCAAGCACCCCGAAGUCAUCACCAAGGGCAAACGCCUCGACCUCUCGGACCUGGAGAAAGACCCCAUUGUGCAGUUCCAGCGCAAGUACUACAAGCCCUCCGUUGUGAUCAUGUGCUUCAUCGUGCCCACGUUGGUGCCCUGGUACUUCUGGGGAGAGACCAUUCACACCGCCUUCUACCUGGCGGGGCUGCUGCGGUACACGCUGGCGCUCAACGCCACGUGGCUGGUCAACUCGGCGGCGCACAUGUACGGCAUGCGGCCCUACGACAAGACCAUCAACCCGCGGGAGAAUCGCUUCGUCACCAUCAGCGCCAUCGGUGAGGCCGCGCCACAUUGAGGCGCGCCGCAAAAG